AUGGAUUUCACCCUACCGGACAAGAGCUCACCAGACCUCCGCCUGGUCAUGGCCACAACCGAGGAGCAUCUUGCACAGCAGAAUGCCAACAGUGAGGAAUGGCGGGGUGCUCUGUCACUGGAAGCCUACCUACGCCGUGAAGACCAUCUACUGAACCAAGCAUUGACGCAAGACGGCGGGCUUACUCCGUGGAUGCUUGUCUAUCAACCUCCGGAUGGUGGUCCUCGACAUUCACUAUGUGGUUGUGAAAGCAUAAAAAAGAAAGCUCUGGUUUCCACACACGGCCGUGUCGAGGACGUGGUAGCACACGGAAUCGCCAGCGUGUUCUGCCCACCAAAGUAUCGCGGCAAAGGAUAUGCUGGGCGGAUGAUGACAGAACUUGGCAAACGACUGAAGACAUGGCAGGUUGCCGAGGGCUCGCAUAGUGCGUUUAGUGUACUGUAUUCGGACAUUGGUAAAGACUUCUACGCUGCUCGCGGCUGGCAGCCUUUCCCAUCAGCGCACAUCACUCUGCCACCUCUGGCCACGCCGAGGAUAGAUGUUGAGGGUAUUCAGACCCUGCAAAGUGAAGACCUUCCCAACCUCUGUGCCCUGGACGAGAAGCUGCUCAGAAUCCGGCUAUCGAAGCUGAAGGGCUCCAGCCGAACGACCGUAGCGCUCUUGCCAGAUGUCACGACAUUGAAUUGGCACCACGCACGUGAGGACUUCGUCUCGACAGAGCUUCACGGUGGCAGGCCGGGCUUCAUGGACGGUGGUCGUGGUGCUCUCGUCCAGACCAGCUCCGGAUCACGCGUAUGGUGCUACUGGACGAGAGUCUGGACGAAUCCGCAAGAGGAAGCACCAAACACGCUGCACAUCCUCCGCCUCGUGGUCGAAGACGAGCAGUAUUCGUCGUUUGAGCCAGCAUCCGAGCAGAAAGCGGUCGAACUCGAAGAUCGAGACUUAAUGAUCAAGCAUGCUCUUGCGCGACUACUGUGUAUGGCACAGCUUCAAGCUCACGCAUCUGGGAUGAAGGAGGUGCAGAUUUGGAAUCCGACAUUGCUUACCCUCGCCGCGGCACGCUUAGUGAAACCAAAGGCCGCAGUUGAGAACCGGGAGAAGGAGAGCAUCGCAAGUCUGCAAUGGUAUGGCGGCGGUUCGUGGAAGGAUAUCGAUUGGGUGUGCAAUGAGAAGUAUGGGUGGUGUUGA